AGGAGUUGGUUUUCAGGUCGCUUAGGCUAUAGGGGUACAUUAUGGUUUGCUUGGGAAAGUAAAUUGUCGCAUUUGUAGGCUUUUGUGGGUAAUGGCGGCGGCGUUGCCAAAUGUGUAAAAGCGCAGGCCCGGUGUCGUCAAGUUGACGCUGUCUUCAGGCACGGCCGCCUUCGAGAACGUUUUUAUUCGUGUCCAAGAUGGAUUCCAAUCCUGACGUGCAAGAAUACGAAUCGAGUGCGAAACGGCUUAAAAUCGACUUUGGCGUAAAUAAUUCCGGUGAAUUGUGCCUGGGUGAUGGUUUUUCCUGUUUUUCCUCAUCGGUAACGGGCCCGAUGGACCCCACAGAAGCUGUAACAACAUUAACCGACUGCGAUUCCGGAUACGAAGCCUCCAACCUGGAAUCCCUGGCGACCCCUUCACAUUCCCAUCAAACUUCUCCACACACAGACUCUGAAGGAAUGUCAACCUUCACUUACUUUCCCACCCCAACACACGAUAAUACUGACACGUCACAAGACGAUGAUGAUGAUGAUGACGACGAUGAUGAUGUUGUUGAUGAUGAUGAUGAUGAUGAUAACGCCUCAACUGUCAGUCAUUUAAGUAACCUUAGCGGCCUGUCAAACUUAAGCGGUCAGGAUUGGAAACCGAUGGCGGGAAGUAUGAUUUGGAUACAACAACAAAUGGCCAAAAGGACCAACCCCAGAACGAUUUUGUCGGAGUUAGGUGUUGAAGAGGAUCAAAUCCCAGAGUACAUAGACGACCUGACCUUAUGGAAAAUUAUCAUAAAUAUGUUGGCGGAGCCGCCCAAGAGGCACAAAUUGAGGAACGUGAAUACGUUGGAUGAUGUCGUACGAUUAUUAAAAGGUGCCAAACGAAUAAUAGUCCUAACGGGAGCGGGAGUGUCGGUAUCCUGCGGAAUUCCAGAUUUCCGUUCCAGGGACGGCAUCUACUCCCGUCUGGCGGUCGAGUUUCCGAACCUGCCAAACCCGCAGGCGAUGUUCGACAUCGCCUACUUCAGCGAGGACCCGCGGCCCUUCUUCAAGUUCGCCAAAGACAUUUACCCGGGGAAAUUCAAACCGAGUCCCUGUCACCGAUUCAUCAAAUUACUGGAAAGGCAAAAGAAACUGCUGAGGAAUUACACGCAGAACAUUGACACGUUGGAAAAGGAGGCGGGGAUCGAGCGGGUGAUCGAGUGUCACGGUUCGUUCGCGACCGCGACCUGCACCAAGUGCGACCAUAGAGUCGGGGCGGACCGGAUAAGGGACACGGUGCUCGACCAAAAGAUUCCGCUGUGCGAGGUUUGUCAUCGGGACAGCGAAUUGGCGGUUUCUACGGAGUUCGGGAGUAAUGGCGCGGAGUAUAAAAACCUAGUGUCCUCGGGCAUAAUGAAACCGGACAUCGUGUUCUUCGGCGAGGGCCUGCCGGAUACGUUCCACGAGUCGAUGUCCGCCGAUAAAACCGACUGCGACCUCCUCCUCGUGAUCGGCAGCUCACUCAAAGUGCGUCCGGUCGCCCUCAUUCCCAGCUCGUUGCCGCCCCAGGUGCCCCAAAUCCUCAUCAACCGGGAACCGUUGCCGCAUUGCAACUUUGACGUGGAACUACUGGGCGACUGUGACGUCAUCAUUAACCACUUGUGCCGUCUCCUCGGCGAGAAUUGGGAGGAGGGCGUGUGGAGUACGCAGGAACUGACCGAGGCGACGGAUUUGCCGACGAUGAUGCAGCAGCCACGCGAAAUCGGUGCGUUUGAUAUCAGCGGCUGGCGGGAGGAGGAUUCUUGCACCGCGGUGGAGGACAGCGAGGGCGUGGCACCGGUUAAUUUGGAGGUCGACGACGUGCGGCAGCAGCAGCAGCAGCAAUGUGGAUGCGGCGAGGCGACGGUCGCUUCGGGGACGGGUUGCACGUGUAGGAUAGAAGGUAAAAACGUCAAAGAGCGUCACAUGAGCAUCGACUCGGCCCGCGACUCCGGCAUCGGCGAAAACUCGAACUUCGCCGACUUGGAAACGGACACGAGCAGCUGCGCGGGCAGCUUCCAAAGGAAAACGGACGCGGAAAGAGACAGCGGGGGCGGCGGACCCUCCUACUGGCAACGCCGCCACCAAGAAAAAGCGAAACACAUGCAAAGUAUGGCGGAACGGUUGCCGCCCGACACUUUUCACCUGGUGCCGCCCAGCAGGUACAUUUUCCCGGGGGCGGAGGUUUUUUAUGACGCCCUCGAGGACGAGUCCGACACCAUGUCGGACUAUUGUUAGGAAUUUCGUUUUUUUUCUUUAUUUUUUUUUAGGUUAUAUUGUUGUUGUUUUCCUUAUUAUUUUUUUUUGUAAAAUAUAUUUUUUUAUUGCAAUAA